CACGCACGCACACGUGCACACGGAGACACAACCACGCACACAACCACGCGCACAGAAACACGCGUACACGCAAAGACAAAGGUGCCCCGUGUAGCCGUAAGCACGCGUUGGGGCAAGGCACCUGUUAGCGAGCGCCUAUCAAUUCGGUGCGCGAUGGCCAGCACCACACCCGCCCGCCUUUCCCUCCCCCGUGGCGAUGUUUACACACCGCGCCAGGUACUCAUUUGAGGCUGAGUCGACCUAGGGGAGGGCCCAGGACCGUUUCAGACAAAUCGGCACGGGGGGUCGCCGGGAUCGUAGAGCAAAAGCCCGCUAGCCACGACCCGACCGCUCCCCGCACACUCGCACUCACGCGCUCCGAUAGCCCGCGCAGAGAUCAUUAUCGGCGAGCAGAGAGGAGCACCUACAAGAUAGGAGCGAGGAGAAACGCCUAUUAGCUACACGCACACACUGACACACACUAGCACACACACGCACAUCACACUGGCACACACACACACUGGCGCACACACGCACAUCACACACACGCGCGCGCGCGCAGACACGCAGACAGACAAGGCGGCUAAUAGAAAGUGCUUAGCUGAAUGCUAAAUCAUAUUGCGGCCAGCAAGUGUUAAGAAAGAGCUUUGUUCGGCCAGUGUGCCCACCAGUUAGCACGUGUAGACUGUAGGCUCUCAACAGUACACUGCAAGACGCGUGUUUACGCAUUAAUACGUGAGCGAGUGUGCGCGCGCUCUCCGCUUAAUUGUACCCAACAUAAUGAUAACAUACACACCGCACACACGCACACGCGCAUACUAAUACCAGUUAAUAGAUGUGCAUUAAACCUACCCACACGUAUAUAUGCAGGCGCAUCUUAUGAUACACACAUCUUACAGCACACGCAUGCCUUGCUGUGUCGCUGCACAGCUUUGCCUCGUGCAUUCACACACGCGCCCACAGCGAUCUUUGUUAUCCGACUUAAACACAUGACAUUGUGUGUAUGUAUGUAUAUACUGCACGGUACAUACGUACGUCUUGGGCAUACGCGUGCGCACAUCCCACGCGUACACAAUCUACAUACCUCACACAACACACACACACCCAUGCAUACCUUUGACUACUCUUCCACCACAAGAGAAAACAGCGAACAGGAGCUAUGAAAAUCAGCUACCCUCUCAACCACUCCUCCUCGUCGUCCUCCAGCCUGGGCUUCACCCUGGGAUACAUUGACACAGCAGCAGCAGCAGCAGCCACUCAAAGCACCGACAUCUCCCAUCACCACCACCACCACCAUCAGCCCGGGCCGUCGCUGCUCUACCAGACCGCGACCUCCUCGGCGCUGGGCGCCCUCAUCGCCUGCUCCAUCGCGGGCAACGCCUUCGUGCUCGCCGCCAUCUACCUGGAGCGCUCCCUGCAGACCGUGGCCAACUACCUGAUUGGCUCCCUGGCCGUCACGGACCUGCUGGUGUCCGUGCUGGUGCUUCCCGUGGCCGCGCUCUACCAGGUGCUGGGCCGCUGGACCUUGGGCCAGGCCGUGUGCGACGCCUUCAUCGCGCUCGACGUUCUGUGCUGCACCUCCUCCAUCCUGCAUCUGUGCGCCAUAGCGCUCGACCGCUACUGGGCCAUCACGGACCCCGUGGACUACGUGAACAAGAGGACGCCCCGCCGAGCGGCGCUCAUGAUCGCCGUCACCUGGGCCGUGGGAUUCUCCAUCUCCAUCCCGCCCGUGCUGGGAUGGAGGCAGGCGGAGGACAGGGCCGACCGGGACGCCUGCAACAUCAGCCAGCACCUGGGCUACACGAUCUACUCCACCUUCGGCGCCUUCUACAUCCCGCUGGUGCUCAUGCUGGUGCUGUACGGGAAGAUAUUCGGCGCGGCCAGGUUCAGGAUUCGCAGCACCAUCAAGAGGUCACAGAAGAGACCUGCGGAGCCCACGGACGUGGUGGUGGUGGUGGUGUCCACCACGCCGGUGGAGUCCCCCCAACAACUGGACGGCGUCAACGGCGGUGGACGGCCCGAGGAGUUGCCGGGGAAGGCAAAGCCCAGGUCGAAUCCGGAUCAGACGGUUCAGCAGCAGCAGCAACAGCAGCAUCUGCAGAAGCAGAGAAGCCUCAAAGAUUCCAUCAAGAAGUCCGUGACGGGCAAAGCGAGACACCAGAGCAUCGCGUCCGACGGCGGAUCAGAGAAACGUGGCAAGCAAUCCCGGCGCGAGACCAUCCGCUCGGAGGAUCUGGGCGACGAGGCGGUGAGGAGGGCGGUCGUGGCCAAGGAGCGCAAGGCGGUCAAGACUCUGGGUAUCAUCAUGGGCUCGUUCGUGCUCUGCUGGCUGCCCUUCUUCGUCGUGGCGCUGGUGGUGCCGUUCUGCGGACCGCCCUGCAAGCUGCCGCAGAUCCUCAUAGCCCUCAUCACGUGGCUCGGCUACUCCAACUCCCUGCUCAACCCCUUCAUCUACGCCUACUUCAAUCGGGACUUCCAGAACGCCUUCAAGAAGAUCGCCAGGUGCAGGUGCUGCAGAGGGAGAGGCAGGUGCUGAAGUGGCCUGGUGGGGUGUGGGGGCUGCUCAGGGUGGUUCUUGAUGACCGUGUCGGAGACAUUGAGUUUGAAUCUGGGCUGAACCCCACCCAUGAUUAAACUCGGUUCUUGUAAGUGUAGGGAGUUGAUGAUCUCACCACGGUCACCAGCGACUGGAGUCGAACUCAAAAGUGUUUCCCUGCUCUAAAGAGUAAUGGGACAGCGCUCACCUCCACUGGUGCUCCUAAGCGAGCGAUGGAAACCCCGCAAUUGAAUACUGAACGGGAACCGUUGACAGCCUCCAUUUCGAACCUGGAUUUCAGCCACCCGUGAACUGAACCGGCUUCUCAAGUGUCACAACGCGGCGGCCUUGACUCGCCCACCGAUGACUCGAGCAAACGCGAACAUAUCUCCGGACGUCUCACGAGGAAUCCAGCAGCACUCUUCUCCGUUGGUUGGCAGUGAGCCACAGUCACGUAGUGUAGGCCAGUCUCUUUGUGGGACCAUUAUUAAACAGCGAGCAAGAACGGCUGAUAUCCUGUGUUCAAAUCUGAGUUGAAACCCAGCGGUGAUUAAGCCGGAGUUCUCACGUGCAAGCCGGUUUGCUUGGUCGGUCUCAGCCCGGUCACCGGUGACUUAGAAAAAUAUAAA